UUGGCGGCUAAACGCCGUUACAUACUCAGAUCGCGGGGACGGAGGAGUCUCUUUCGUGCUUCUGUGUUCGUCCGUAAGACCGUUAGAUAAGGAAAGAAAUGAAAGAAUUUCUGACAACUCCCCGCGAAUUUCAUACUUCACUCCACUUCCACUAUUUGUCGCUUCUCCUCCACAAGGGCAACCAGGUCCAGGAUGGUGAUGCAGAUGAAAGCUUUCUCGCUUCUGCUUCUCUGCUUCGAUAUUCUGACUUUUUCUCCCUUGUCUCUGGCCACCCCAUCUUCAGACUCCAACAAUGCCUACGGUGAUGAUUCUGGUUACCGUUCGUGCAGGGUGAGUCCGAAGGGGCACGAUCUUGUGCCUCCUCGGAGGGAGGUGUACGACGAGGGAAGGAUUUUUGACAUCACCCACACGUUCAGUGAGGAUAUGCCCUCGUCUUUUGAUACCUCUAGAGGGGUGGGACAAUUUCUUUGGCUUCCUUCGAGCAUGAAGAAUGGGUCCCUCGCCAAUAUGUCCGAGAUGAAGUUGCCCGUCCACACCGGCACCCACGUCGAUGCCCCCGGCCACUUCUUCGACCACUACUUUGAUGCUGGUUUCGAUGUUGACUCCCUCGACCUCGCUGUCCUCAAUGGUCCGGCACUGUUAGUAGAUGUUCCAAGAGAUAAAAACAUAACUGCGGAUGUUAUGAAAUCCUUAAAUAUUCCCAGAGGAGUUCGUCGUGUUCUAUUCAGAACAUUAAACACCGACAGGCGACUUAUGUGGAAGGAGUUUGACUCAAGCUUUGUUGGUUUCAUGAAAGAUGGUGCCAAAUGGCUGGUAGAAAACACUGAUAUCAAACUUGUGGGAAUUGAUUACAUAUCUGUUGCUGCCUAUGACGAUUUAAUUCCUUCCCAUCUUGUUUUUCUAGAAGGCAGGGAAAUCAUUAUUGUCGAAGGCCUAAAAUUGGAUGACAUCAAGCCAGGGAUAUAUUAUGUGCAUUGCUUACCUUUAAGGUUACGUGGUGCUGAGGGAUCACCAAUACGAUGCAUUCUCAUCAAGUGAUAAUUUCUUGUAAGUAUAAUGUAGGAUUCUUACCCAAAAAAAAGUAUAAUGUCGGAUAAUAUGUAUAAAAGUUGGUUUUUUUUUUUUUUUUUUUACUGGAACAUGCUUUUAGUUUUUGCGGGUGCUUUUUGACAAUGUAUAAUACCACAUAUUGUAUUUAUAUAUUUGUAAUAAUAGGAACUUAAGAGGAGCCUAUAAUUGGGGUUGAAGUUAAAGAAA